CACUGCCCUACACACGUGAUAAAACCUGUAUUUACUUCUAGUGGUGCAACUCUGUGGUAAAAUCAACCGAGUUUAGUUUGUGAAUUGUUUUAAAGGAGUUGCGUGUCUACGUCAAUCCGGAUUUUGGUGACUUGUAAAAGGUAACAUUCAGCUAAUUAGGCCUAAAGUGUAUCGUUGUGUUAGAAGAAGGUACAGUACAGUACCUAACAAUUCGAGUUAAUGAGGUUAUUCAUCUUAAUACAGCUACUGAAUGUAGCGUGUGGUUGCGCGGACUCCUGGAAAAAAAUGCCACGAUAUCGAUGCUUAAAUGCAAUAUCCAUCAACCCCGAAACAAGAUGCUAUAUGACAGAGAAACUAUCGUAUGCCGAAAUUAAUCGCGAUUAUUUCUCUAUGAUUUGUAAUAACGAAACUAUCGAUCGGCAGUUAAUGCGGUGUUUGGAAGUUAACAGUACAGAUGAGGUUCAUAUACUUGAUUGUCACCUGUCGGAGUUUGACGUGGGACAGUUUGUGUCGGGGAUGAAAGUCGUCGAGGUCGACGUUAACCUCGAGUCGACUGUUAAGAAUAAUUUCGAUAGUGCAACGUUUAAUGAUAUUCCCACUCUAAAAACAAUAACGUUGACUGGUUUUAGAACUUCGGGCGUGUUAAAUGUGACCUUUGAAAAUGUUCUUUCCGUUACGUAUCUCACCAUCGAGAAUUACGAGUUUGGGACUUUUAUGCCGAGACCCUUUCAAAAUUUAUCCAGUCUUUUAACAUUAAGUCUGAGAAAUGGAGUUUUAGAAACGUUACCGAGCCAAGUGUUUCAGGGACUUUAUAAUUUGAAUGGACUGAACCUGAGCAACAAUCAGAUAAAAGAAAUCGAUCCGCUCCUGUUCAAGAAUCUCACUCAAUUGCAAGUUUUGGAUUUAUCUAGAAAUAAACUGACAAAUUUACCGAGUGAUUUGCUCUCGGAUCUGUCGAAUUUGAUCUUAUUUUCUGUUCGUAAGAAUAGAUUGACUGCACUUCCUGAUAAUUUAUUCGCUGCCUGCCCAAAAUUAGAGGUUUUUUCCGUAAGCUAUAAUCAGAUAAAACAGUUUCCUUCUGGAUUCUUCGCCGGUUUGCAAAAUUUGAAACAUUUCGCUGCUAUAAACUGCGGUUUAACGCACUUGGAAAGGGGAAUAUUUUCGGACGCAACAAACUUAACAAAAGUCUUUCUUACAACCAAUCAAAUUGUCAAUUUACCGCCAGAUCUUUUUAAAAAUAGCAAGAAUUUAGAAAAACUUUACAUAGGAGUGAAUAAGAUACAGCACCUUCCUCCGGGCAUCUUCGAUGAUCUCAUUAAUUUGAAACACAUCCAAUUAACGGUUAAUCGUUUGCAGACUCUUCCCACAAAUAUUUUUCAGAAUUUAUCGUCUUUAGAAGUUCUUCAAUUGGGAUUCAAUCGCCUCACUCACUUACCCGAAGACGUCUUUCUUCCACUUAUUAAUUUACGAGUCCUCGACAUAUCUCGUAGUCCUUUCCUUAGACUUUCCGUUAAACAUCCUUUCGGCAGAAGUAAGCAUUUGACUAAGAUUUCUGCCAAAUUUUCAAAUUUCCUGGCCUGGCCAAUGAUAAAUUGGACGGAGCAUAGCUUGACUUUCGUUGAUUUCUCUAGAAGUAAUUUUAGUGACGUGACAUUACCGCUGCAUACUCCUAACCGAGCCAUCGUUAACCUGUCCGAGAGUAAUAUAAGAACCAUAUACAUCGAUACUCGUGAAUACGGAUCUAAUUUCCCGACUUAUAAUUUGAAGAACAGCAAAAUCAAAUGCGAUUGCAACCUUCGCCAAUUUGUCGACUUUCUAAACGAAAAUUUGGUGACGGCAUCCCAAAUUUUUCCGAAUCUUAUCAAUUUAGAGUGCUACGAGAAGAAAAAGUUACUUGAUAUUACGACGACAUACCGCAUGUGUCCUGUAACAAAAGAUUGCCCCGUAGAUUGCAAAUGCUCCCAGGACUUUGAAGGAAUUUUAGUAAAUUGUUCCCGAAAGGACAUGAGAGAUAUGCCUGAAAUUCUUAUAGAAAAUACCAUUAUUGUAGAUCUUACGCAUAAUAGAAUUUCAAAUGUGAAUCCACAGUUAUGGACGAAUGUCACCCGUUUAUAUUUGAGCGACAAUUCUUUAAAUUCCAUUGAAAAUCUACCACCUACGUUCACUUAUCUUUCCUUAAACAGAAAUCAAUUAACUCGGUUGCCUUCGUCCUUGAUGUAUCGAAUUGAUAAUUGGAAUGAGUUAAACAUUUUGUUAGCGGGAAACAACUGGAGCUGUGGUUGUGAUUCCCUGUUUACCAAGGAUUGGCUAACUAGAAACAAACACAAGAUAAUGGACUUCGCUAAUGUUUCUUGCAUGAUUGGUUCCAAUUUUUCCAGCUUUGUCCAGGUUAUAUCAAUGGAUAAAUGCAAGGACGAAAUGAUUUAUUCUGCAGGAUGGAAAACUGUACUCUUAUGUAUCAGUUUGAUUGUCUUUGUACUCGUAUUUUUAAUUAUUCUAUUUGUUUAUACCUGUCGCAGGAAAGGAUUUGUGAACAGUCUGGAAGAUGAAUCAAACGUUGGCGCGGAUAAUUCGGUCUUUCUAUACAGCCCAAAAGAAAAUGUAAAACUUGUGAAGUAAGAUGAGCAUUGGCAGAGCUAUCGUGAAACUAAUGAAGAUUGCUGGUUGCAAAGUGGAUCCCAUAACAAUGUACCAAAUACGUAGAUUCGCUAGUGAAGACGAGUGCAGUUUUCUUCAACUAAAAUGAACAUGGAAAAUGUUUUGUAGUGUUUGACAAAAUGUGUCAUGUAUCACGAUAGUGACAUAACUAAGGUCACUUUGAUUUGUUUGAUUGAGGGUUCGAGAAGUCGAAGUAUGCCUACUUUAGAGCAUGUAUGACGUUUGUAACAAAUAUUUAAAUAAGAUUUAUAUGGCACAGAACAACUUAUUUCUCUGGGUCCUAAUUUUCCAAUGGCCUAGUGAAACGUUUACUUUUAUAUUGCUAUAGGACUCCUAACACACAUUUUUCCCUUCUGAACAACUAUCUGUAACUCU